AUUCCACUUGGGUGUUGCAGUGUGAUGGAAGCGUCGGGGGAGAGAGAGAGAGAGAGAGAGCAGCUGGAACUGUCGGCGUCCGAGGCCCGUCAGAAGGUGCCAUUAAAACUGCACAUGCCAACAACUCCUCUCUCUCGCACUCUCUGUUACUGAGGAGAGACAGUGAUCUGCCUUUCAGUCUCUGAUCGAGCCAUUGCUCACGUCCCAGCUGCUGAGCACGAGCGGAAGCAGCGGUCCUCACUCUUUCGAUCGACGUGGCCGGCGGGGAGCUCAAGUGAAGAGAGAAGACCGUCUGCCGGGGAGACGGAGGGAGGAGAGGCUCGAGUGCUUCGUUGCUUUUGGAAGUAAAGGAUCGGAGAAAUGCGAGCGGACUAGAUUGGCAUUUGUUCUUCGUCGUUUCCGCCGUAAUGGGAUUGCUUUACGGGAGGGAAUUCGUUGCUUUGCGCGGCUUUUGUUCGUUGUUUGUGCUUUCACGGUGAUGAGAUUCCGUUGUGGGAGGGAAUUUGAUUCGUUCUGGGUUUGUCGUUGCGGGAGGUUGAGUUUUAAGAGGGGAGCUUUGAAGAGUUCGAGAGGUUCUGAGGUGGUUUGCGGUUCCCGGGCGAGGGGUUGGUGUUUCUGCGGGGCGCUGGCCGGAGGUGCUCACAUUGCGCCGAUUUGGACUAUGAUCGCUUCAGUUACGGAAUUUCGCUGCCCGUGAUCAAGCUUGCUUGCGCCUCAUUGGAGAAAUUUGGAGUUAAAGUGAGGAUUCUUUCGGCGUAAUUAAAUAUCUCACUAUAAGUGAAACCUUGUGAACUCAAAGCAUCAUGAGAAGGAGAUUUGCUUCUAUCCUACAGAUUCAAGUGGUUCAGGCAGGAAUCGGCGUUCCUGUCAAGAAUUUCUAACAUUAUUUGGCGUGUUUUGGAUGGAUUUGCAUUAGGAAUCGGCGCUUUCAUCGUGGAAUUGUAUCAUACGUCCAUUUUUCGUAGUAAAUUGUGGGUUCAAACGUUUCGCAACUCCAGCUUGCUCACUGAGAACUUAAAGACUAUCCUGCUUUGUCAUCCUCAUUUCGGUAGGAAUUCAUCGUCGAUUUUGAUUACCGGCUUUCUCGUGGAUCGGCAUCAUGGCAUCCCGAAUGGAUCAGUAUGAGAUAAUGGAACAGAUUGGCAGGGGAGCAUUCGGAGCAGCAAUCCUUGUGAAUCACAAAGCAGAGAAAAAAAAAUAUGUUCUCAAGAAAAUACGUCUGGCACGGCAAACUGAUCGUUGCAGGAGGUCAGCCCACCAGGAGAUGGCUCUCAUUGCACGGAUUCAGCACCCUUACAUAGUGGACUUUAAAGAAGCAUGGGUAGAGAAGGGUUGCUACGUGUGCAUUAUCACUGGAUAUUGUGAAGGUGGAGACAUGGCAGAGCUGAUGAAGAAGUCAAAUGGUGCUUUGUUCCCAGAGGAGAAACUGUGUAAAUGGUUCACACAAUUGUUGCUGGCCGUGGAGUACCUACAUUCAAAUUUUGUUCUGCAUAGGGAUCUCAAGUGCUCAAACAUAUUCCUCACUAAGGAUCAUGAUGUUCGUCUUGGUGAUUUUGGACUUGCAAAAACUUUGAAGGCAGACGAUUUGGCAUCUUCUGUAGUAGGCACUCCUAAUUAUAUGUGCCCAGAGCUUUUGGCUGACAUUCCUUACGGUUUCAAGUCUGAUAUUUGGUCUCUAGGUUGCUGUAUGUAUGAGAUGGCUGCACAUCGUCCAGCAUUCAAGGCUUUUGAUAUGGCUGGGCUUAUAAGCAAAAUAAAUCGCUCUUCCAUGGGUCCACUACCAGCAUGUUAUUCUUCAUCCUUGAAAACACUUAUCAAGAGUAUGCUGAGAAAGAAUCCAGAGCAUCGGCCUAGUGCAUCUGAGAUUUUGAAGCAUCCUUACUUGCAACAAUAUGUUGUUCAAUAUCGUGUCUCUGUCAAUCUCAUAUCAUCUGCGGCACCUGAGAAGCCCCUCCGCAGUGCACACCGAAGUCACAGCAUGGCUGAAAGCCAAACUAGUAGCCGGUCUAGCAGUGACAGGGAGAGUGUACAUUCUAGUGGAAAAAGCAAUCAUUUCCUGGGCGCUGAUGACCACAAAGCUAAUGAGAGAGAAAGCCCAAAUAAUGAUUUGGUGGACUCUGCUAAUAGCUGCAAUCAUUCACCAGUGGGAACAUCUCAUUGGUCAAGUGACACAUCCUCUCCAAGCAUCAAGAGUACUGAAGUAAAGAAACAUGAAACUUACACUCGUGAUGUUUGCAAACCUAAAGCUGAUGUAAAGGCACAAAAAAAUGUAAAGAAUAUAUUGGUUGCUCUAAAAGAGGAGGUUAAAGCUAGGGAAAACAGCUCGCCUCUAAGAAGCAGUCGUUCCAAGAGCAGUGGUGUAUCAAGCCAAAAGACUAACAUUGAGGCAUCACCUGCUGUUUCCAAGCCUUCUGCCGCAAUAUCAUCCUCUCCGAAGCCUAGCAAUGACAAUGCUGUUGCACCCAGAAUCAAUGCUGAUAUAUCGAAGAGGAUGCCGACAGCGCACGUGUUGAAGCAUACGUUGCCCACACCUGAGGGUUCUCCUAAGACUAAAGCAAAAGUUGAAGAAUUGCCAGCCUCUGGCCACCUGAAGCCUGUUUUGGAAGAUGGACUAUCUGGAAAGCCAAGACAACGCCAUGCAAUUCCCAGUUUCACAAGAAGAACAUCAGUCCCUGUGCAGAUGAAACACUCUGAAGGUGGCAUGGAGCAACCAGCAAGUGAGCUCAAGCAAGAAGCAAAGAGUGCUUCACAUGAGUCAUGUAAAGGAACAAAAACAGAUGCUUCAACUUCAAAAUCAUCAUGCAAUAGCAGUAAGGAUUUUGAACUUGCAGAGGAGGGUUCUGACACUAUAGGAGGAAAUAGGCAGCAAGAUGUGGAGCAAAAGCCAAGUAAUAGAAAUUGCAGCUUACAAACAGAAAUCUUAGGGUUACAUCCAAGUGUUGGAGUACAAGCUCCCGAUACCUGUUUGAAGUUGUCAUCUGAGCCUGUAAUGCAGGAAACUGGACUUUGUGUGAAGAGGGAAUACAGCAACUCAUGCUAUGCACCUCACAUUCCUCACUGUCAAGGUCAAGUUCACAGCAGAAUAAUUCCUGAACCUGAUUCAUCUGCUUGUUCUACCUCACGUAUAGCAGUUGCCAUGUCAGAAAAUCAGUCCAUAGAAAGCACUGCACACAUGGACAGAACUGUCUUAACCCGGGUUGAAGAACCGCAUGCAAAUGGGGAUCGUCAAAAUAAUGUUGUCCUUGACGAUGAAGUGGAGUCAAGUGCAUGUCCUUCCCCUUCUACGUCUGUGCAGCCAAGUACAUCCCAUGAAGAUGAGCUUCCUGCAGGCAGACCUGGUGAGCCAGAGAUAGAAACAGACCCUGUGUCGUGUUCUGUCUCCAUGGCAGCUGGGGACGACAAAUUCAUGGUUACAGAACUUCGCUCCUCUAUCCAUGACACAACUUCUUGCUCCGUUGCAGCCACACCAAAGAGCCUGCAUUCGGAUAAUGAAUCCAAGGUACAGAAGAAGCCGUUGCCACACCUCCCUCCGGCAUUUGAUGAUGUCAUACACGUCAUAAGGCAUAGCAGUUUUCGAGUAGGAAGUGAGCAGCCAGUGUUGGAGUCUAUGGAGAUGGGAGCACAGAAUAUGGAUGUCGGCAAACUGAUUAAUGUGGUGAGGGAUGAUCCUCAAACUAAAGCUUUGAAACCGACUUUGGUUCAGAACAUGGGAAAUGAGAAUGACAGUGUAGACAAGGAUGAGACUCCAGAAAGGGAGGCCUUGGAUAUCAAGUCAUACAGACAGAGAGCGGAUGCGCUUGAAGGGCUCCUGGAGCUUUCUGCAGAUCUGCUACAACAAAAGCGUUUAGAUGAGCUUGCAGUGGUGCUGAGACCGUUUGGAAAGGACAAGGUUUCGCCAAGGGAAACAGCAAUAUGGUUGGCAAAGAGCCUAAAGGGAAUGAACGAGGGGAGUUCUGGACGUCAUUAGUUUGGGGCUAAAAAUGUUGAAUUUUCUUCAUUUUUUCCCUUGUCAAUUUCUGUUUUCAGUUUAUCUCUAUCUUAUUUGUUUAAUGCAGCCAAAUAGUAAAUGUGUUCCUAUGUUCAUAUUCAUUUUUCAAUUCUUUAAUUUGAAUUGGAACUAGUCCAGCUUCGCAUUUUCCCGUAUGGCUGACAAAUGCUGCUUUACUGGAUCAUUAGCCCAUUAAGGCAAUUGAAACUGCAGGUUGUGCAACAAACGUUUCUUAAGUUAAACUUUUUGUGUGAUGACUAA